AUGGUGUUUGCUGAGGCCGAUGAGGAGCAGUGUAAGCCGGAAAUGCCCUGUGUCCUCCGCAGAGCCCCGCGUCCCGGCUCCCACACAGAGCACUACAGCUAUGCGCCCCCCUCCGUGAGCUCCGCGCUGCCUCUGCCCGUGGCACACCCCUCCCUGCCCGGGCCCUGCCACGACCUCCAGCCCUCUGCGCCCGGCGUGCCAGCUCUUCCUCCCGCUGGCCACCCCUUGGGGUAUGGGGGUGCCGUGGACGGCGGGCCCUCGGGAUAUUUUCUGUCUUCUGGUAACAAUCGGCCCAACGGCACUCCGGCCCUGGAGAGCCCCCGCAUCGAGAUCACGUCGUACCUGGGCCUGCACCACGCGGGCGGCCCGUUCCUCCACGAUGCGGACGUGGAGGACCUGCUUCCCAGCUGCCGGCGCUCGCCGUCCACCGCCACGCUGCCCCUGCCCGGCCUGGAGGCCUACCGAGACCCGUCCUGCCUGAGCCCGGCCAGCAGCCUCUCCUCCCGAAGCUGCAACUCCGAGGCCUCCUCCUAUGAGUCCGGCCACUCCUACCCCUACGCCUCGCCCCAGACAUCGCCCUGGCAGUCCCCCUGCGUGUCCCCGAAGACCACAGACCCGGAGGAGGCCUUUCCCCGGGGCCUGGGCGCCUGCCACCUGCUGGGCUCUCCUCGCCAUUCUCCGUCCACCUCGCCCCGGGCGAGCGUCACAGAGGAGAGCUGGCUGGGGGCCCGGGGCUCGAGGCCCACGUCCCCCUGCAACAAGCGCAAGUACUGCCUGAAUGGCAGCCAGGCCCCCUGCUCGCCCCGGGGGUCCCCGGCGCCCUCGCCGCUCGGCUCCCGCCGCGUCAGCGGGACGGAGGACACCUGGCUCAGCACCACCACCCAGUACACCAGCGCCGCCAUCGUGGCGGCCAUCAACGCCCUCACCACCGACGGCAGCCUGGGCCCGGGCGACGGGGUCCCCACCAAGGCCCGCAAGACGGCCCCGGAGCCCGCGCCCCCCGUGGCGCUCAAGGUGGAGCCCGCGGGGGACGAGCCGGGCGCCACCCCGCCCGCCUCCGACUUCCCGCCCGAGGACUUUGCCUUCCAGCACCUGAGGAAGGGCGGCUUCUGCGAGCAGUACCUGUCCGUGCCGCAGGCCCCGUACCAGUGGGCGAAGCCCAAGUCGCUGGCCCCCGUGUCCUACAUGAGCCCGUCGCUGCCCGCCCUGGACUGGCAGCUGCCAUCCCACUCCGGCCCCUACGAGCUGCAGAUCGAGGUGCAGCCCAAGUCCCACCACCGGGCUCACUACGAGACGGAGGGCAGCCGGGGCGCUGUGAAGGCAUCCUCCGGGGGACACCCCGUUGUGCAGCUACAUGGUUACUUGGAAACAGAGCCGCUCAUGCUGCAGCUGUUCAUCGGGACGGCGGAUGACCGGCUGCUGCGGCCCCACGCCUUCUACCAGGUGCACCGGAUCACAGGCAAGACCGUCUCCACCACCAGCCACGAGGCCGUCCUCUCCAACACCAAGGUCCUGGAGAUCCCGCUGCUGCCCGAGAAUAACAUGAGAGCCAUCAUCGACUGCGCCGGGAUUCUGAAGCUCAGGAACUCUGACAUCGAGCUGCGCAAAGGGGAGACCGACAUCGGCCGGAAGAACACCAGGGUGCGGCUGGUGUUCCGCAUCCACAUCCCUCAGCCCAGCGGCCGCAUGCUGUCCCUCCAGGUCGCCUCAAACCCCAUCGAGUGCUCCCAGCGGUCUGCCCAGGAGCUGCCCCUGGUGGAGGGGCAGAGCACAGACAGCUAUCCAGUCGUCGGCGGGAAGAAGAUGGUCCUGUCCGGUCAUAACUUCCUGCAAGACUCCAAGGUCAUUUUUGUGGAGAAGGCUCCAGCUAGAAUAUUUUUGAAGCAGCCCAUCCAGUACUUACUGACGUGUGCAGGGAGCCUGCAGCAGGCAGCCCUGGCAGACCCCUGUGGGCAUCUGCACAUGUGGCUGGAGUUGAAGGCUUCUUGGCCAGCCUCUCGGAGGCUCCGGGGCCGGGAGUCGCCGCAGACACGCCUCGUCUUCCCUGGUGUGAGCGAGUUUGGGAUCAGACGGGGCAUCGCGGCCCUUAAUUCCCUGGUGGUUGAGAUACCGCCUUUCCGGAACCAGAGGAUAACCAGCCCUGUCCAGGUCAGCUUCUAUGUCUGCAAUGGGAAGAGGAAGCGAAGCCAGUACCAGCAUUUUACCUACCUGCCUGCUAAUGUUCCAAUGAUAAAGAUGGAACCCACUGAUGACUUCGAGUCCUCCCUGGCCUGUGGGCCCGUGAGCCAGGGCCUGAGUCCCCUCCCCAGGCCCUGCUACAGCCAGCAGCUCGCCGUGCCGCCCGACCCAGUCUCCUGCCUCGUGGCCGGCUUUGCCCCCUGUCCACAGAGGAGCCCCAUGAUGCCAGCACCUCCCAGCACAAGCCCAAAGCUCCAGGACCUCUCCUCCGUGGCCUACACCAAGGGCGUCUCUGGCCCGAGCCUCGGUCACCUGGGACUUCAGCCUCCCGCAGCGGAUGCCCCGGCCGUGCAGCCGGGCUCUGCGGAGCAGCCCCCGCCCGCCCUGCUGCAGCCCCAGUAAACGAGAUCAUAUGCAACGACCUCUCCAGCACAAGCUCCACCACAUAGGUGAGCACGGCGGAGCUGGCGGAGCAGGUGGCGGCGGCUCAGCGCAGACGCCGGGCUCCAGCAGGCAAGACUUUCCAUGGAACAGACUGCACCCGCACCCGGUGCCCCCAGAACCUCCACCUUCCCGGAUGCUGAGAGCUGGACUUGGCCAUCCACGUACGAGGACGAAGCUCCCGAAGGAGGAAGGAGGGGAAGCGGGAGAGCGCAUUCCUGAGGACAAGCCAUCUCAAGGAAACGGAGGGCCGGCAGGAAGGCCAGGGCCAGGGGCUGGCCUCUGGGGAAGAGCCCCGUGGGCCCCCGAUUUCAAUACUGGAAGUGCCUUACUCAUCCCCCCCCCCAUCCAGAUGCCGUGGACACAGCAUUGGGUUUGCUGCCAUGAGAGUAUUCGUAGGAACAAAAACUAGAAAAACAUUUCAUGAGGAGGCUUUAACCUUUGAACAAUGACCCGAGUUCUGGCAAGCGAGGGGUUGUGAGACACACCCAGUAGGCUUCCCACUUCUUCCCACUUCCCGGGCUGUCCUACACAACGCACCGCCUUGCCUGGUGCGUUCUGAGGUCUCCU